AUGGAACAGUUUUCUGUUUUAGCCAGGAGCAUUUGGACUAGAAGAAACAAGAUGAUCUUCGAGGGGUCCUUUGUGCAUCCAAGUCUGUUAGUGAAUCAGGCUUCACAAUCCUUGGCAGAGUAUAGGACUGCCCAAGAGAACAGGAAGACAAAGGUUCAGGGGAUCCACUCUCAAGCAUCCGUAUGGUCUCCCCCUCCAAUAGAUGUCAUGAAAAUUAACUGGGAUGCUGCUGUGGAUGGUCCAAACAAUAGAAUUGGUAUUGGCUUGGUGGCUCGGGACCAUGUAGGUAAUGUUAUGAUCACCAAAAAGCUCUCCAUUUCUUGCUUUCCUGAACCUUUGCUGGCUGAAGCUAUAGGUGUGUUUCAUGCGAUUUCCUUGGCCAAAGAGAUGAGUUUCACUUCUGUUAUCUUUGAAGGGGAUUCCUUACAGGUUGUGAAUGGUAUCAAUCUCCCUUCCGACAGGAGGGAUAGUGUGGGCAUGAUUUUAUCUGACACUAAGGGGAUUCUCUCUAGUUUUAGUCAUUGGUCUGUGGUUUUUGUUAGGAGAAGUGGUAAUCACUAUGCUCAUUUACUAGCUAAAGAAUCUCUUAUACUAGCUGCGAAUUCGACCGAGCUAGUCUAUGGUACACCCUAUAACCGUGGCCCCUUUUAA